GUUGUACAUUGCGUAUCAGCCGGGAGGGUCAGCAGAGAAGGGAUCCGAAAUCCCGGAAGUGCUUAACAUGUGGAAGCGAGGAACACCGCAAGAGGGGGCAGGGAUCACAGGCAAGUACAGCUCAGGCUUUACCAGACUCAACUUCAGCUUUGAGGGUGAUGACGGCGCAACGCAUCCGCUUAGAAGGGCGAGCUCUAGUGAUGAGUGGCGGCGUUCCCGGGCGGAGGUCGUAAGAGCAGCGGCGUUGUCCAUGAAGAAGUCGUGGUUCCAGCAUGUGGUUGAGCAUUGUCAUGAGAGCAGUGUUCAGGCAGGCAAUCGGGCCGUGGAUGCUGCACCCUUCUUGGAGGGCUUGCCGUGGGAGACCAAAACUGGGUUGACCGUUGAUCAUUCUGCAAUCAAUGGAUGGGAGUUGCUUAAGGAGUUCACAUGUUGGUCCAGGUCGUAUAGACGGCGCCUACACCAAUCCAACUCAUGGAUCAUUCAUCUCUACUCUGGUAAAUGCCCUAAGGAGGAGUUCAAGGAGCUGUGUAGCGGUAGCAGCGUGGUAUUAGAGAUUGACAUACAAUCCUCAUCGCAGCUUAAUGUUGAGAAUGAGCAGCUGUGGAGGUUGUUGUCAUGGGCGUGUGCUAAUGGCAAGGUCUCAGCAAUACUGGGAGGGCCGCCCUGCCGAACACUCUCUAGGCUACGUCACAGAACUCCAGGUCCACCUCCGGUAAGAACCAGGAAGUAUCCCUAUGGCUGGGAUACCCAGUCAGCGAAGGACCGGGCAGAGGUGAUCAAGGACACGAGACUGUUCAUCCGUAUGAUUUGGCUACACACCCUGGCGGUAGCGGGGAGGAUAGCCCAUCCCUUUCCAGGGCGUGAAGGAGAUCCAUCUGUCGCAUUUGUGUUAGAGCAGCCAGCGGAUCCUCAGUCUUACUUGAAUAAGAACGAUCCAGCGUAUGCCGAGGUUGCAAGCUUCUGGGCGACUAAGUUAUGGCAAGUCUAUGCUCAGGAGGCAGGACUCAUGAAGAUUUCCUUCCACCAAGGAGCAAUGGGGCACAUAGCACCUAAGCCUACUUCCUUGGGUACCAAUCUUACAGAGUUGCUCAGUCUGGAAGGAAUGAAGGAGUCCUCACCUUUGGACCCCUACAUUGCACCGGGUAUGUGUCGAGCAAUUUCAUUGGCUUUGCGGCGGUGGCACUGGGAAACGUUGUCAGCUGACCUGAGCGGUCCCAUGCGUGAGGGAGGUGCAGAUGUCAACGGUCGUGGCGCACACCCCAAGCCCCACAAGUACUUAUUUGUGGCCAAAUUGAGACUUCCUGAGACGUACUUGCAGGGUUACUCAGCCGGGAAGCGUGAUCUGUCCCAUUCUUGGCAGGAGAGCUGGGUGUCCGAAGAGCUGGAGCCAAACGAUGGCCUCAGGAAUGAAGCGUCAUUGGAGCCGGUCACUCUUGGACCAACUGCUGAUUUGCAACUUGAUGCAACAUCCUUGGAAGUACAUACCUCAGAUGCGUUUCUUGGGGAUGAGUUUUCCGGGGAGCUAUGUGAUGUAGAUCCUGUUGCUGCUGGGGAUGGUGGUGGUUGGGACGCUGCCGCGGAUCGGCCAUUGCAGGAUCCACGUGAGGCCCUGGGAUUCAGCGAGCUAGAUGAAGGGUUGGUUCCAGAGUUUCAGGAGGAGCACCGUUCGGUAAGAGGAGAAUCUGUAGUGGAUGAGGCAGACAUGUUGGCAGAAGAGGAAGCAGACCUAGGUGGUGAGGAGGAGAAAGCACCCAAGGAGGAGCGCUCAGACCUUUCUCCCCCUAAGAUGGCCCGAAUGAUCUUCUCAAUUCCGCUCCCAGAUGCGAAGUCAGCAACUGUCAAAGAAGCUCUCCAAGAUGUACUCUUAUAUUUGCGUGCGCAUAACGUACCAGUUUUGCGUUUUCACUCAGACCGCGGUUCAGCCUUUAUGGCGCGGGACAUGCGUCAGAUGCUGAAAAGUUGGAGCUUGCGGGUCACCGCCAGCGAGGGAGGCGUCCCUCAAACGAACGGGGCAGCAGAACAAGGAGUAAGGUGGCUGAAGCAAAGGAUCCGUGCAUUGCUUGCUGGAGCCAAUCUUCCUCUCAAGUUAUGGCCCAGCGCGGCCGACGCCGCGUGUGUGAUGCAACGUUCUGCCCUGACAGGUAUGCCAUCAAAGCUUGCCGCCCCCUCCGGUGCAGUCGUGCGUGUCAGGAAGAGACCGUACACGGGCGCAGGCACCACGGCAAAGCCUGACAGUUUGAGGACGCAAUGGGUGAGGGGCCAUUACCUUGGUCUUUCUAGCACGCUGAAUGAUGGACACGUCAUCUAUGUGCCCGCGGUAGAUGACCAGCCAGAAGGGUUUAUCCACACUUUUCAUGUGAGGAAGUUGGUUCAUCCAGGUCCCCUUGAAGAUCAAUAUCAUGAGCCAGAGCCUCCUGGACGACCAAGCCGCAGAAUCAGAGGGAAGCAAAGUGUAGCUGUGAGACUGGAAGCCGCGCAACUGCAACAAUCCAUAGAGGAUCCUCUAAGUCUGUUGCAACAAGAUGCCGAGCAUAUCCUAUUGAACUGGGAUCAUGAUCGAGCGCUGGAUGUGCUGGAUAGAGCUUCUGUGUUGCUGAAGGGGUCAGACUUCAAGAUUGGCGCCUAUCGGCAUGGGGGAGUUACGGGCCUGCUGAAGGGCACGGAGAAGUAUCCAUGGCUUUCUAGGCUGAUGGUGCGGUGCUUUACCGAGCUCGAUGAUGAUAUCACCUUCACUGCGGUUUACAUGUCCAUAGACACCGAACGAGAUGUUCAUGUGGAUAGACAUAACCAAAGUGGAUCAAUGAAUUACAUAAUCCCAGUGGUGGUACCCAGGAGUGGUGGUGGACUAUGGGUAGAACUCGAACGUGAUGAUCAGGUUCUGGGUCCCGUGACAACCAAAAUGGAUGCGUCUGGGAAGCAGAGAUUCGGAACUACGCGGCCAUUGGAACGGGGGCGGAUGAUGCGUUUCGAUGCCAGGCGACUACAUGCUACAGAACCAUGGUGUGGACGUCGUGUGGUGCUCAUUGCUUAUACCCCUGCAUUGGUCCAUAAAUUAAAUCCUCAAGAUGUAAUAAAGAUGACCAGGUUAGGAUUCCCGAUCGACAAUGACAUGUCAGACGGCGAGGGCUUCGAGGAGGUGAUCCCAUCCAAUGAGGGACCGCGCUUGGAGCGGGCUGGCGGGUGGUCAGAGACAUUGCCCGCAGGUGGUACAAAUUACCACUUUGAUGUGUCUUGGAGGAUUGGUCCUUCAGUGGCGAUGGUUCAGUUCAGUGGAGCUGAGUGCACGGAGGAGUUCGAGAAGCAUGCGAUGAUUCUUUCCUCAAGUGGAAAUGACAGGUGCCUCGAGCCUGUAAAGAAUUCAGAGUCAAGUACAGACACCGUGGUGGAUCCAGGUGUGCAUGUUGCUAUGUACAGUGGCGAGGUGUUUCUCGACUUGAAUGUUGGGGGUGAUGAUCCUGGUUUGGCUCAGCUAUGUUUGGAUGAGGAGGAGCAGUCAGGCCUGAGUAGACCGAGCGUGAGCAAGACUGAGGUGGUUCAUAACGUGGAUCCCAACGAAGUACUUCAGAAUCUCGAUGCUUGGAUACCAGCUAUUGAGAAGGAGCUGAAGGCCGUUGCUCAUGCAGUGGAUAAGAUUCCUAGAGGUGAUGAGAGGCAUCGUGUCUUGCUUCGAUCGGAAGAGGUGCAGAAGCUCCCAUCGAAGCUAGUGUUCACUGGGGAACCUGGAGAUAGUCCUGAGGCAGAGAACCGAGCUUCCUGGGUCAAAAGGAAGGUCCGACUGGUGGCCUGUGGAAACCUUGCGGCUGCAUCAAGCAUGGACACGUAUUCGGGGACGGCGCCAGCCGAGGUUGUUAGAAUUGCACUCGUCCUUGCGAAUAAGUUCGGAUGGAUUGCUGGCGUUGUAGAUAUAGUGUCGGCCUUCUUACGGACACCGUUGGACGGAGACCGUGCACUUCAGAUCGUGGUUCAUCCUCCGAAGGUCUUGGAAAGGGUAGUGCAGGGCAAGAUCGAAACCUCGUGGUGGACAAUCCAGGAGGAGCAGGGUGACGUCAUCGGCGUCAUGGUAAUCUAUGUAGAUGACAUCUUGAUUUGCGCGGAUAUCCACAUCGUAAGAGCGACAGGUGAGAUUUUGUGGCUAUCUCAGCGAACACGGCCGGAUCUGUCAUACACUGCGUCAAUAAUGGCGACAUUGUCUUCCAAAUGUCCAUCCAGAGCAUUGCUGAUAGCUGAGAAAGCCAUUGGCUAUGCGCAACGUACCAUCAGUUACAAGUUGCGAUUGGAAGCGACUACAAGGGCUUUGACCUUGUGCUCUGAUUCGUCAUUUGCUCCUGAUUCGUCCAGAUCUCAUACUGGAUGGGUCAUUCUGUUGUACGGAGCACCGGUGCUUUGGAGAAGUUCACGCCAGGCGACAGUCAGUCUUUCAACAGCAGAGGCUGAGUUGAAUGCAACUUUGGAAGGUAGUGUAGCUCUCCUAAGCAUUGAGGCAUUGCUCAAGGACGUGAAGGUGGUCUUCGAGGAGAAAGAAAUUCUUACGGAUUCAACUUCAGCCUUGACCAUCGCAUCUGGCUCCGGCUCAUGGAGGACAAGACAUUUGAGAAUAAAAUCGCAGUGGCUUCAGGAGCAGAUUUCCCAGAAUCAGUUCAAGAUUGGUCAUUGUCGUGGUGACAAGUUGGUGGCCGACUUGCUAACCAAGGCGUUGAGUUCUGGAAGGAUGCAGUCGUUGUUGGUCCUGUGGGGCAUGGAUGUGGGCUACGAGAUCGGACUGCGGAAGUGGUUCAGCGAGAAGUACGUAGGCAAUUGGCGGCUCGUGAGACUUCUGAAUCGGCACGAGCUGCGUCGUCUCGAAGAACUGCUCUGGAAUCUGGCAACCGAACUCGGAAACGGUGGCUCGUGGACUGUUUCAACGAAGAAGGUGAGGGAGGUCCCUGUGAGGGUUGAAGUGCCAGUGGAAGUGCCGAGCAGGGAGUCGGCGUUGCUUGGAGACUUUGAGCAUCUGCAGGAGACCUUCUUUGUAACCCAGUUUG